AUGAUCAUUCAAUUUCUCUUCCUUCUCUUCGUAUUUCAUUUAUGUCACAGUAGUAAUAACCCGCCGGUUAUUAUCGAACAGCCGCAAGAUAUGAUUGCCGAAUUAGAUAAACCCAUGGCCAUUCAUUGUCGAGCCGAAUCAUCUACAUUUGAUGAUCUUCAAGUUGAUUGGUAUAAAGAUGGUCGAUUGGUUACAAUAGAUCCAAAUGCACGUAUUAUCACGGAAUUUAUGGCUUUACAUGUCAUAAAUACGAUGCCACAGGAUGCAGGUGUUUAUCAUUGCGUAGCAAAAAAUUCGCAUGGACGAACCGAAAGUCGAAAGGCACGAAUACAAUUUUUGAAACUUGAUAAAGAUUUCAUUGUUUCUCCUGUUUCAACGAGUGUUUCAAUCGGCGAACGUGUCCGUUUAUCUUGUCAACCACCGUUCGGUUCACCAAGUCCGCAAGUUUACUGGACCAAAGACGGCAAGAACGUGUCCAUAACUCUUGAUCACUAUGAUUUAGUAUUUCCAUCGGUGCAAAUUGCCGAUUUUGGUUUAUAUCGCUGUAUUGCAUCGAAUGGUUUGACUCGAGAAUCAUCUCCAGCCUACUUAACCGAAUUUCACCGGCCAAAACUGACGAUCCAACCAUCAUCAUCACGGGUUGAUCUACGUCGUGGAAAAUCGAUCGAUCUACAAUGUCAAAUAGAUGACGACGAAUACAAACUGGAGUGGCAUUUCCAGAAUACCUUGAUUCGAAGCUCUAUCCUCAACAUGUCGUCAGUUGAAUUCAAUCAAAGUGGAUUGUAUACAUGCACAGCUCGGUUUCAACGGCAUGUUUUUACCAAAGAAAUUCUUCUAGCUGUAUACGAACAAGAAACUCUCAGAGAUCAAGAGAUUUUCUAUAGUCAAUUGAAUCUAACAGUAUUCGCUGGACGUUCAGCAAUUGUUGAAUGUCCACUACCAUAUAAUCCUCAAAAGAAGAUUUCAUGGGCAAUUGUCAAUCAAACUGAAACGAAUAAUUUUACAUUCGACUUUGUCGAUCAACCUCAAUAUCGAUUUCAGAUCAAUCCUGUUAAGGAAUUUCACCAUAAUAUUUUAUUUCAAUGUUCCUACGAGCAAAGUCACGGUUUAAUACAAUUGAAUGUGGAACAUAUUCAAGCACCGCCACUUGUUUUCUUUGUACCAAACAAUCAAACUGUGCCGAUAAGCACUCAAGUUAUAUUUCCGUGCCAAUCUAAUGAUGAAAACACCGUUCAAUGGUGGUUUACACAAUCUCAUCGUCCGUAUAAAACGAUGAAAAUCGAUAAUAAUCGGAAAUAUCGUCUGGAAAUCAAUAACGAUUUGGUCAUUCGACAUGCAGAAAAAAAUGAUGCUGGCAUUUAUAAAUGUGUAUCAACCAAUGAUAAAUACGAAGAAUCGGUGUGGACUGCUGUUCUAAAAAUUGACGAUAAUCGUUCACAUAUGAAAUAUAAUCGUCUUGAACGAAAGGACCUUCCAUCGGCGCCAUCUCAACCAUUGCUUGUCACGGCUAAUAGCAACUCAAUCGAAUUAUCUUGGGAUAUCCGCUCAACGGAUAUUGUGGAUUAUCUCAUUGAGUAUUUUGAUCUUAAUCCGAUGAAUAAAAAUCUUCAAUGGGAACGUCAUAUAACAAAGAAUUCAAAUUCUCAACAAAUGAUCAAUAAUCUAAAAUCAAACACAACGUAUCAGUUUCUUGUUCGUGCAAGAAAUUCAUUUGGCUAUGGUCCACCUUCAAUCUUAUCAGAAUUAAUCGAAACAAGAACAUAUCCAUCAUCGAAUGACGAUUUAAUCUAUCUCUACGAUCCAAUAACUGUUCAAGAAACAAGUAUAACAAUCAAAUGGGAUGUUUUACAAAAACAUCAGUUAGUUAAACGAAUCUCAAUCUAUAUUAUCAACGGCAAGGACGCCAAUGAACGUAUUGAAACAAUUACAAAUGCUGUCACAAACUAUACAAUCAACAAUCUACGACCAAAUAGAGAUUAUUCGAUUCAUUUAGUACCCUUACUGGAUGCACCAGGUCGUUCAAGUAAUAAAAUCACGAUUCGGACAUUGGAAAGCACACCAGCAACAGCACCAACGAAUAUUCAUGUUCAAUUAUUGUCUACAACUAGCCUUUCUAUUCGAUGGAAUCCACCGCUAGACAAUGAAACAAACGGAGAUAUCAUCGCUUAUAAGAUUCACUGUUUGACUACUAACGAAACAAAUUCUAUUCGUUUGACGAAUAUCAGUUCCGAUGUCAAAGGCCUAUUUAUCAAAAGUCUCAUCGAAAACGCAGAAUAUUGUAUUAGCAUAGCCGCACGAACAAGAACAGGUUAUGGACCUUAUUCUCAACCAAUAUGUGUCACAAUGAAUGCGAAAUUUUUACAGAUCGAUCAAAACGGAUUUCGAUAUCGUUUGCGCGAAGCUAUAUCUCAACCAUGGUUUUUGCCAGUCAUUGUUCUCUCUAGUAUUUGUUUCACCUGUGCUUUUUCCUAUGGUAUUUGGUUAUGUUUUCACUACUUGACGCAACAACACCGUCAUCCAAUGAAGUUCAACAAUUCACCAUCGUCAUCCAAUCAAUCAGUGGAACUACCAAUUCAUAAAACUUUGAGUAAUGGAAAUCGUUAUGAUCUAAUCAAAGAUGCUCCACCACAAUCAUCGACCGUAUGGAUAGAUUCGAUACCGAAGAGUAUUCGUCUGCAAUGUUGUUCGACGACGGCAGCAUCAGCUGGUAGCAAUAGUGAACAUUACUCGAUGGGUAUACAUAAAAAUCCGAUAAAUGCUUUGCUGCAAGAGUCUCGACAACAGCAACAACAACAACAGUUAAACCCAUAUGCAACCACAGGAAUAUUUCAGCAAACAACACCGAGUUUUUCAGAUACAAUUCACUCUGCAAUCUCAUCACCUCAUCAACUAUCCGAUUCUCAACAGCAAAGAGCAAUAUCACCAUCGUCUGUACAAUAUCAACCGCCCUGGCUAGAUUAUCCUGCGCCAUCAACAUUACAAUAUCGUUCUCAAUCUCAUAUAUCAUAUGGUCUACAUCGUCAUCAUUGUCUACAUUGUACAUCACAAAGUCAUCCUCAUACACCAUCUUCAACACACCGAACGAUUCCAUCAUCUUUACUUCAACAAGACCAUAAUACAAAUCCAAUGAUCAAGUUUUCAACAAAUGAAACUAAUCCAUCAGUAAUAAACAGCCAUAAGAUAAUGGAACAUCAAUCUUCUAAUCCACCGAUGAUGAAAUCAGUAGGCGAAGAAACAGUUGUAACAUCGUGGGCGAGUUCACUCAAUGGUAAUCAGCCCGAAAGUAUGUCGUCUUCAUCAACUGAUAAACGUAGUCAUCCAGUCAAAGAGAAUCAUGCCAGUAGUGAAAGUUCGAUCUUUUCCGAUACUGAUAUUCAACAACCUGUCAAUUCAAAUUCCUCACCAUUAAUGAAUUUUGAGCGUGGACCAAGUUUUCUUAUCCCAGAUGUAUAA